AGAUCCCAAAUAGACUAGUCACCGGCUUCAGUAAUCAACUCAGGCAUUCUCAAAUUCCUUCCUGCCCCCACCUGAGGGAGCAAAAGGCACCACAUCUGGUGUUCUGCUUCUAUGGCCCUCUACACUGUAGCCAGGCUUGGAUGUCCUCAGAUUUCUCUGUCACAAUUCCCUCCCUAUUUACCUCAAUACUCUCAAAGCCUCCGUUUUCCUUGUCUUACAGUUCUGACUUUACAGAGCAAUGCUAAAAGCUACAUUUCCCAAAUCGGCUUCUCUGAUAGGCGAUGAAUGGAAAUCGAAACUUAAGGCUGCUUCUGGGAGCAGAAGGGAAACCGAAACUGUUCUUCAGGCAUAAAAGGCGGCCAGCACAGCUUAGAAGCUUGCACUUUGAGGAGGGAGCAGAUCCCAGGUCUCCCAGGAGCGCUCGCCCUCUCCCAGGAGCGAUUCUGCACUCUCUCAGCACUCUUGCUUCCAGCAGAGCAGUCCUGCCGCCGCUCUCUGCAGGCAGCAGGGGCUGACGACCUGCUUUAGAUACACUUGAGUACACUGUGGGCAAGUAUGGCAUGUGGUGAUGAGUGAUGCUCUAUGAGACUCUGAAAAUACAAGUAACUGGGUGAGAUUUGCCAUCUCAUGAAUAAUGACCGUUUAGAGGAAACAGAGUAAAGGAUAUUUACAUUUUUAAUAUUUCCCAAUUCAGAAUGGAGGCACAGAUAGCAGCCAAAAUGGAAGAACAUUGCACAGUGAUUUUAGAGGAAAUGUCACAAUUAAUCCUAGAAAAUAUGCCAAAGGCUGACUACUCCAGCUUAUUCAAUGAUUUUGUUGAAUCUGAGUUUUUCCUGAUUGACGGAGACUCCCUACUUGUCACAUGUGUGUGUGAGAAUUCACUUCAGCCAGGACAGAGUCUCCAUUUCUUCUACCUGGUUGAGCGCUAUCUGCUGGAUGUUAUUAGCAAAGGAGGACAGUUUGCCAUAGUUUUCUUCAAGGAUGCUGAAUAUGCAUACUUCAAUGUCCCUGAACUUCUCACCCUGAGAACUGCUCUAAUUCUGCACCUUCAGAAGAAUACCACCAUGGAUGUUUGGACUGACUUUUCUGGAUGCUUGUCAGAAGAGUGGAAUAAUGUCUUGGGUCAGAGUUGCCCAUAUUUCUUGAUUAUUGCUGACGAAGGCCUGAACAACGAGCAGACACACCUUUUCAACUUCGUAGUCAUUCAGUCUUGGGCAGUGAAGGUCAACAUUGUGCUCUUUUCAGGGCAGAGAUCUGACAUCCUCCGCCUUUAUGCAUAUUUUAUGCAAAGCUCACAUUCAAAGCAGAUGUUUUUCGAGAAGUUUAAGAAGGUGGUUAUGAUUGCUUACAAAACCCUGAUUCGACAGUUGGAAAAAUAUAGAGACCUGGAUUUAACAACUCUGUUUGGAGAUUUAAAAUUCAAUAAUAUGGUGGGAAAGGCUUGUGAGACUCUAUCUCUGCUUAAGCAGCUCUGGCCAGAAGGAUCUGACAUCCGACGGGUCCUCUCUGUCACUUCGUGCUCCCUCUCCUUGGAAAUGUACCACCAUAUUUUAGAAAACAGAGAGAAGAAAGCAUCCAAGCAGACAGGCCAAGUCCAACAGGAAAAGGGUAAUUGUUUAACCCUGAAGGACAUGGAAGACUUCUGUAAGCUACAUUGCCUCAGUGUGGCUUUUCAACUCCAUCUACCUCUUUCCCAGCGAGCUCGCUCAAGAUUCAUCACUUCUGGUUGGAUUCAGGACCUCAAGACUGUCUUUAAAAUGAAAAAAUGGUGCGAGUAUUUCAUCCUAAGCAAUGUACAUAGGUUUGAAUUUGAGAGUCUGAAUUUCCUUCACCUUUCUGAUUUAAGUGAUAAGCCUUUGUUGAAGAAUAUUGCCUUUUACUAUGAAAAUGAAAAUGCAGAAGGCCUGGAUUUGGAUGUAGGAGAUGUCAUCAUGAAGGAAUAUGUACAUCUCUGGGACACUGUGUCGAAGUUGGUCAGAAACUUUGAUGUGGGUAAACCAUUUCCUUUGAGAACAACAAAAUGUCAUUUUCUUAAAAAGACCCCAUCGCCAAUUAAAGAAAGUUCCCAGGAGAAGAUGCCAAAUUUGGGUUUUAUUCCAAUGUCAUGUAAUUUGGUUGAUGAAUUUACUGGAGACAUUUUGAAAGACUUGCCUUUCCUAAAGUGUGAUGACCCCAUCGUCACCUCACUGGUUAAGCACAAGGAGUUUGAUGAACUUGUGCACUGGCAUUCCCACCGACCCCUCAGUGAUGAUUAUGACAGGACAAAGUCCAAUUUUAAUGUGCAUUCAAAAGACCCCCGUCAACUUAGAAAUUUGCAGAAGUAUCAUGUCUUUCAACGAUUUUAUGGGAACUCGUUAGAAUCAGUCUCUUCCAAGAUCAUCACAACUCAAGGUGUUAAGCCAAAGAAGGAUUUUAAUAAGUCCAGGGGCUCGAAGACACAUGAGACCAAGGCUGACAUCAUUGCUAGAGAGAAUAAGAAGAGGUUAAUUGCCAAGGAAGAACAAAAAGAAGAGGAAAAAUGGAAUACCCUGUCAUUUUCUAUUGAGAAGGAGAUGAAAAGGAACUUAAACUCUGGGAUGAAGAAGCUGGAGGAGUUUUUGAAAUCGUGUAAAAGUAAUUCAGUGAAAGCUCAGGCUGAAAAAGUUGGGUUAAUGGCUGGCUUGAAGGCAUGGAAGGAUCACUGCCGAGCUGAAGGUAAAACCUCAAGAGACUUAAGCAUAGCUGUUGAUAUGAUGAAGAGAAUCCAUUCCUUGUUGGACAAAUACUCUGAACUUCUGCAAGAACCAGAUCGGAAGCUCAUAGCCAGAAGUCUUAUGUACUUAGGGUUUGAGGAGCUAGCAAAUUCUUUGUAUCCAAUCCAGGAUGAAGCAGAUGAUAUAAAAACAAGAAAAAAGAAUAAAUAUUCUGUUGGAAUUGGGCCAGCCCGGUUCCAACUACAACAUAUGGGUCAUUAUUUGAUACGAGAAGAAAGAAAAGAUCCAGACCCAAGGGUCCAAGAUUUUAUUCCUGAUACAUGGCAGCGAGAGCUCCUGGAUGUGGUGGAUAACUAUGAGUCUGCAGUGAUUGUUGCCCCAACAUCCUCUGGGAAAACCUAUGCUUCCUACUACUGCAUGGAGAAGGUGCUGAAGGAGAGCGAUGAAGGCGUGGUUGUGUAUGUUGCACCAACAAAGGCUCUUGUUAAUCAAGUGGCAGCAACCGUUCAAAAUCGUUACACCAAAAUUCUGCCAGCUGGUGAAGCUCUGUGUGGUGUUUUUACUAGGGAUUAUCGUCAUGACGCUCUGAACUGCCAGGUGCUUAUUACUGUGCCUGCCUGCUUUGAAAUUCUGCUACUUGCUCCUCAUCGCCAAAACUGGGUGAAGAGGAUCAGAUAUGUUAUAUUUGAUGAGGUACAUUGUCUUGGUGGAGAAAUUGGAGCAGAAAUCUGGGAGCAUCUCCUUGUCAUGAUCCGAUGUCCUUUUUUAGCUCUUUCAGCUACCAUAAGCAAUCCUCAACAUCUUACUGAGUGGCUCCAGUCAGUAAAGAGGUACUGGAAACAAGUAGACAGUGCAAUGGGAAAAGGAACUUUUUCCAAAAGAAAUGCUGGCUCCCACGGCAGUCAUCACAAAGACCAAGUGCGAGCCAGACAGUCAUACAAAGUUAGACUUGUGCUCUAUGGGGAGAGAUACAAUGAUCUAGAGAAGUAUCUGUGUUCUGUGAGACAAGAUGAGGUUUGCUUUGAUCAUUUCCAUCCAUGUGCUUCACUAACCACAGAUCAUAUUGAAAAGUAUGGAUUCCCUUCUGAUCUUGCCUUUUCACCUCGAGAAAGCAUCCAGCUCUAUGACACUAUGCUUCAGGUCUGGAAGAGUUGGCCUCAGGCCCAGAACCUGUGUCCAGAGAACUUCGCUCAUUUUAAGAACAAAAUCGUCAUUAAGAAGUUGGAUGCUAGAAAAUAUGAGGAGAGCUUAAAGGAAGAAUUCAUGAAUUGGAUUAAAAAUGGAAAUGAGAAGCAGGCCAGGAUGGUGCUGCAGAAACUGAGUCCCGAUUUCCAUGACUACUCAGGGCAGAUGUUGGACUUCUUUCCGAAUCUUGUUGAGAAGCUCAGGGAAAUGGAGAAGUUGCCUGCACUGUUCUUUCUAUUUAGAUUAGGUUCUGUAGAAAACUGUGCUGAGGCUGCCUGCGAAUUCCUGGAGAAGAAACAGGAGGAGAAAAGGCCUCCCAAAGCUGAUAAAGAAGCUCAUGACAUGGCUAACAAACUUCGAAAAGUUAAAAAAUCUUUGGAGAAACAAAAGAUAAUAGAUGAAAAAAGCCAGAAACCCUCCAGAAGAUUGGAUCAAAGCAUCAUUCACGAAGCUGAACACAAUUACCUCCUGAAGAGUCUGGAGAAGAAUCUGGCAGUUCCUCAGGACUGCACGUAUGCUGAUCAGAAAGCAAUAGAUGAUGAGUCGUUGCAGAUGGUGUUUAGUCGAGUGAAAUUUGAAAGAAAAGGUGCCAUACUGAAGAAUUUGGCAAGAAGAGGAAUUGGCUAUCAUCACAGCUCCAUGAGUGCGAAAGAAAAGCAGCUAGUCGAAAUUCUCUUUAGGAAAGGAUUCAUUAGGGUGGUGACAGCUACUGGAACACUUGCUUUAGGAAUCAACAUGCCUUGUAAAUCUGUGGUUUUUGCUCAAAACUCUAUCUAUCUGGAUGCUUUAAAUUUCAGACAGAUGUCUGGUCGGGCUGGAAGAAGAGGGCAGGACCUGCUAGGUGAUGUCUACUUUUUUGAUAUCCCGCUGCCCAAAAUAGGAAAACUCAUAAAAUCCAAAGUACCUGAGCUGAGAGGACAGUUUCCUCUCAGUAUCUCACUCAUUCUAAGACUCAUGCUGCUGGCCUCCAAGGCAGAUGACCCAGAGGACGGCAAGGCAAAGGCACUGUCAGUGCUGAAGCACUCAUUGCUAUCCUUCAAACAUCCCCGAGUCACAGACAUGUUAAAGCUGUACUUCUUAUAUUCUUUGCAGUUCCUGGUGAAAGAGGGAUAUAUAGAUCAAGAAGGUAAUCCAACAGGGUUUGCUGGCCUGGUGUCACAUUUACAUUACCACGAACCAUCCAAUCUUGUUUUUGUCAAUUUUCUUGUGAGAGGUCUUUUCCAUAAUCUUUGUCAGCCAACUUAUAAAGGCUCAAAGUAUUUUUCUGAAGAUGUAAUGGAAAAGCUGGUUUUAGUAUUGGCAAAUCUUUUUGGAAGGAUAUAUAUUCCGGCCAAGUUUCAAGAUGCUAACAUCAAGUUUUAUCAAUCAAAGGUGUUCCUUGAUGACCUCCCUGAGGACUUUAGUGCUGCCCUGCAUGAGUACAACAUGCAAGUGACAGAGGACUUUGCUACUUUUCUGCUAAUUGUGUCCCGAUUGGCUGAUAUGAAACAGGAAUAUCAACUCCCCUUGUCAAAAAUUGACUUCACAGGUGAAGAAUGUGAAGAUUCACCACUUGUGUCCCACUUGAUGAGCUGUGGGGAAGGCCGGGUGGCAGUUUCGCCAUUUGUCUGUCUGUCUGGAAACUUUGAUGUGGAUUUGCUCUGUCCAGGAGUUCCAAAUAAUGUCAUUCUGCACACAAUUGGUAUCAAUCACAAUCAAGCCCCAGUGCUGUGGCCACACAGAUUGGAUAGUAGAGGAAGAAAAAUGCCUCUUAACGCAUAUGCACUUGACUUUUAUAAGCAUGGAUCCCUUGUGGGAUUAGACCAGGACAAUAGGUUACAUCAAGGGGCAGCUUACUACUUGUUGAAAGAUUUUUCCCUUACCAUUAAAUCUAUCAGUGUCUCCUUGCGUGAACUCUGUGAAAACGAAGACGACAACGUUGUUCUAGCAUUUGAACAAUUGUCUAAGUCCUUUCAGGAAAAGUUCGAAAAAGUGUGAAAAGAAAAACUACGUAAACCACUUAAAAUAUCACCAUAGAAGCUUUGCAAGUUAUACAUCUUUUAUUCUUAUGUCUUGAUCAGAAAAUCAUGCACAAUGAAAUGGGAUGAGGAAGCAGUUUGGAGUUAAAGAGUUGCCAUCAAACUUGCUGGGCUUGGCUUUGAGCACCCUUGGCCAUAUUACUUGGUGUGCCUAAGUCUUGGUUUCUUUAAAUGAUUGACUAAAAAUGCUUAUGUCUCCAAAUUAUUGAGGAUUGAAUGAGAAAAUGUGGGGUUUUGCAUAUAUAUGUUUGAAGACACUUUUCUACUCUGUGGGAGUAGAAAAUAUAGAAAAAAUAUUGUAUUUAAAUAUUUUCACUGUUAAUAUAUAUAUAUAUAUAUAUAUAAAGUUUAUUGAAACUAGAAAAGAAAUUAUUACAGUAUCUUGAAAGUGUAAUAUAUUCUUUCCAAUCAACAUGAAUGGAUUGCACUGCUUAGAUUGUUAGCUAUUGAAAUAGUACAUCUUAGUAAAUAAGCUACUUAUAAAAAAGUGAAUGUUUUCAUCCAAUUUUUAAAAGGAAACAUAUAGCUAAUGUUUUACUUCAUUUUAAUUGUAUAUACAUGACUGCUGAAAUAAAGACUUCAUUGGUUUCA